UAUUGGGAGCGGGGAUGGGGGGGGAGGAGGAGCUAGAGUCAGGGCUAGAGGGAAGCCAUACCCGGGAGGAGGUUGAAUGGGGCGGGACAGACUGUGGCUCUAGGCAUGGCUGUCUCUUAGUAGUGUGGCCCAUUCCGAGUCUCUGUAAAAACGAGGGGUGAAUUUUGGCGAGGGGCACGCGACAGUGACGUGAGGGUGUGCCUGGGGCGGGUGUUGACGUGGGGCGGGGCGUUGACGCGUGGGUGUGUUCUGGGGGCGGGGCCGCGGGAGUAGGUUCUGGGGGCUGGACAGGGCUCAGAGGCGGAGCCAAAUGGGCCGGAAGUGGCUUGGCCCGGGAGCUGGACCCUGGGGGCUAGGGAGAGAUACAGGGGUGGAGCGCAACGCGGUGGUGGGCCCCGGGGCGGGUCCUGGGGAUCAGGCCCGGAAGCAUACGGAGGCGGCCCGUGUCCCCGUCGUCUGUCCGCCAUGGACGUCGCUGACCGGCAGGUCCUGCGGCGGUGUCGGGUGCGGCUGGUCAGCGAGCUGCAGGUGGCCCCUCUCUGGGACGCUCUGCUGAGCCGCGAGCUCUUCACGCCCGGCAUGAUCGAGGACAUCCAGCAGGCAGGCUCUAAGUCCCGGGGCGAUCAGGCCAGGCAGCUGGUCACAGACCUGGAGACUCGAGGGAGUCAGGCCCUUCCUUUGUUCAUCUCCUGCUUAGAGGACACAGGCCAGAACAGCCUGGCGUCAUUGCUGAGAACGAGUAGCCAAGCAGCAAAGCGGGAUCCGGAGGCCAUCAGGCCCUUGGACCUCAUGCCUGUGGUGCUCAAACCAGAGGAGCUGAGCGUGGUGAAGCCGGAUCCAUUGAAGCCGACCCCAGGAAAACUCACUGCAGCCGUGCUGGGGCCAGAGGAGCUCGGGCCCACCAAGCUCAGGCCAGAGGUUCUCAGACCAGAGGUGCCCAGGCCAGAGGACAUUGGUGCUGGAGGAUUCAGUGAUGUCCGUGCUCAGAUAGGAUCCAGGGGGAAUGCCGAUUUGGCAUACAUUCUGAACGCAGAACCCUGUGGCCACUGCCUUAUUAUCAACAACGUGGACUUCAGCUUUGGGCUUAGCACCCGCUUCGGCUCCGAUAUCGACUGUGAGAAGCUGCAGCGACGUUUCCGCUCGCUACAUUUCUUGGUGGAGGUGAAGCACAACCUGACUAGCAAGCAAAUGGUCCAUGCUUUGGUGGAGCUGGCACGGCGGGACCAUGGCGCUCUGGACUGCUGUGUGGUGAUCAUCCUCUCUCACGGCUGUGAGGCCAGCCACCGCCAGUUCCCGGGGGCUGUUUAUGGCACAGAUGGGUAUCCCGUGUCCAUCGAGAGAAUUGUGAACAUCUUCAAUGGAACCGGCUGCCCCAGCUUGGGAGGGAAGCCCAAACUCUUUUUCAUCCAGGCCUGUGGUGGAGAUCAGAAAGACCAUGGGUUUGAGGUGGCCUCUGCUUCCCCUGAGGACAGGGCCCCUGACAGUAACCCUGAGCCAGACGCUGCUCCGUUCCAGGAUGACCCAGGCAGCUACGACCUGCCGGAUGCUGUGUCCAGUCUGCCUACACCCAGUGACAUCUUUGUGUCCUACUCCACCUUCCCAGGUUUUGUCUCCUGGAGGGAGCGCAAGAGCGGCUCCUGGUACAUCGAGACCCUGGAUAGCGUUUUUGAGCAGUGGGCUCGCUCUGAAGACCUGCAGAGCCUCCUGCUCAGGGUUGCUAAUGCUGUUUCGGAGAAAGGGAUUUACAAACAGAUUCCUGGUUGUUUCAAUUUCCUCCGGAAAAAACUCUUCUUUAAAACUUAAUGAAGCCGGAACCCCUCAUCCUGCCUUACCUUUCACCCCAAAACCUUCCUGUUUCAGGCCCGGCACUGAGGCCUGGGUUUUCCCGGAACUACGGCUGUCACACCCUGAAGGAUUUUGUAGCCCAUUGAGGGUCUGCCCUUUCCCCACUGGUGGCAGACAGGCUCUUAGCCGCUUCCAAAUUGGGGACAAAUGACAGGUGAUGGACGAAGAGGAGCUGAAGAGUGCGGUGGACAGCACAUGGCUUUCCACGUGGCUGGUUCCCUGGCUGAUGACUGUGGCCUGCGACCUUUGCAUUUUCUCCAGAGCAGGGCUUCUCGAACUUGGCACCAUUGACACAUGGGACCAGAUAAUCCUUUGUUGUGGGGACUGUCCUGUGCACUGUAAGAUGUUUAGCAGUAUCCUUGGCCUUUACCCCCACUAAGAUGCCAGUAGCACCUCUCCCUGAAUAGUGACAGCUAAAAAUGUCUUCAGACAUUGCCAAAUGUCCCCUCCUGAGAACCACUGAACUAUGGGAAUUUUUUAGCUACAAACAAACCAGCAUCUCUCUUAGAUCAGCAAGUUUAGGGCUACUGGAGUCUGAACAGUUGGAAUCUGUGAAUCUUAAAUGAAGUCUUAAAAAUUAUUAAUUUUUCCUGUAUUGCAGUAUUCUUUUAAAAAAAAAUCUUAGGUGAAUAUGGAAUCUCGUUUGUCUGUUCUGCCUCCACUUCUUAUUUUGCUUCAACUCUGUUCUUCCCUAUAAAGGAGGCUUUUGCUUUUUUUUCUAAACAUUUCCUGAUCUCUUAUUUUAUUUGAUCCUCACCUCCCAGGAAGGUGACUAGAGUGGGAGCCAUGUGCGCAGGGAGGUCACGUUGCUUGUCCAGGGGGACACAGUUCACCAGUGAAGAGACCUGGCCGGACCUGGGUGUUCUCAGUCCAGCCUGUCCCUCCAGGUGCCUUCCUGGCCGAAGGACCCUGCAUGGCAGGGUGACUGUGCUAUGUGACAGUGACAUGUUGGGCUUCCCCAGAGAAGGCCCCGACCCUGAGGUCAUUUAGGUCUCCUUUGGCUUCUAGAGGCUGGAUGUGAGGAUAGUUCACUAAUAAGACUCUCACCCAGGUGUAAUUCGUGUAGUUGUCACUUUAUUUUCCUUCUGUGACCUUUCCAAGUCUGAAACGGUCCCGGGGACUUCUGGUGGUUAGUUAUUUGCGAUCACCUGCAGGACACAUAACAAGAAAAUAACCAGGUUAACCCAGCAGAGUGGAGACCUGGGCUUGGCAGUGUCCCCAGCGUUUCUUUCCAGGCUCCUGGCUGCUCGUGUCCAUCAGAGGCGGCCUGCGAUGAAACAGCCUCUCUGUGGAGCUCGAAUAAUGUUCAGGAGAAAAAGAUGUUAUCACAGCUUUUCACUGACCCGCUAGGGGAGCUACCAAUUAUACGCUGAAUGUGUGGAUGGGCAGGUUUUUAGAUUUCGUUUGUUUCAAGGGUUUGACAGCCUUGAAGUGAUUCACAGGCACUGCUGUUUACAUGGUGCUGUUAUGCGCUGGGGGCGGGGCUGGAAACUGUUUUCAGAGGCUGUUGAGCAGUUUUCUCUUACAUGUUUUAACACGCUAACUCCGUGGUCCAGAAAUGCUGCGGAAUAUCUAGAGCACAAAUACUCAACCAAUGUGCAAGAAUGUGUGAGAGUGGAAAACAGGAACCACGUGCACGUUUCAUUCAUUAUAGUCAUACUGUGGAAUAUUAUUUAGCUGUUCAAAAGCCAUAAAUAUAUGUGCUCACCUGUAAAAUGUGAAACCGUGUUAAGUGAAAAAAUAAGUUGCAGAACACUAUGAAGCAUAAAACCCUAUUUUUGGCUAGAAGACAGUGUGUAUGUAUGGUUCAUAAAUAAAGUCUCCAGAUGAUGAA